AUGGACCCGUUCUCGUUCGCAAGCUCCGAGUCUCUGGACUAUCCAGUGAGCAUCCGCAUGUGGAACGAAUGGCUGACGCUCCCAAUCGACUACUCCACGCUUCCCUUGAACUCCUGCUUGGCCAUCACGUUAUGGGACUCUUCGCCUGCUGGUGGAAAACAGGCCGUGGGCCACGUGAUACCCUUCGGAGGAACCACGCUACCACUAUUCGACCGAGAUAACCAAGUGCAAAAGGGCCGGCAGAAAUGCAUGGUACAUCGACACAAGAACGCUGACGGCAACGACAACACCACCACACCUGCGGUUCCCCGUAAGAAGAGGGACACAUCGAGGAAAGGGUCUGCGCUACCAGUGGACAAAGAUGCAGAGGAGCUGGAGCGCAUGGAGAAACUAUUUAAGAAACACGAGAUGGGGGAAAUCCCUAGAGUCGAUUGGCUUGACCAGCUAGUCUUCCGCGGUUUUGAGAAGCGAGGCCUUCAGUCAGCGAAACAAUCACUCAAAGCCAUGCAACGGCAACAAACAAAAAACGGCGAUGCAGUCAACGAAAAGAACAGAGUUGCAGACGAGAACAACGCUGUUGACACAGAGACUCAUGCAGGCUUUUCCAAGUUCCAACUCAACGUUGAGCUGCCACGGUUCGAUUUCCCAGUAGUGUUUGCCGACUUGGAGUACCCACCUCCACCAAUCUCGGCGUUGCAACACAUGUCGGCGUCUCAGUCAAACGUCAUGUUAAAGCCACCACCAGAAGUACAGUUUGGUCCUGGCAUCAACGCACUCGGCGACUCAGGUCCCGGCAGUCGCCUGAUGAAGGUGUAUGAUCCGGAGGUUGGGGCCCGUGACAAUCCGGCCGAGAGCAAGCACAGGAGACUUGUCAGAAGCCAGCAUCGUCACGGCAUCUUGGAUAAGGACCUCAAGCCGAACGCCAAGGUUCGCGACGAGCUGAACCUCAUCAUGUCAUACUCUCCGACCCAUAUCUUGACACCCGAAGAGAAGGACCUGAUCUGGAAGUUCCGCUACCAUCUCACCCGUGACAAGCGGGCAGUCACAAAGUUUGUGAAAUCCGUCAACUGGCAAGAUCACAGUGAAGCCAAGCAGGCGGUGCAAGUUCUGGGACGGUGGACACAAAUUGAAGUCGAUGACGCGCUCGAGCUGCUUGGCCCUACGUUCGACAACCAAGCUGUUCGAGCCUACGCUGUAGACAGACUACGAAAAGCUGAUGACCACGAGUUGCUCCUCUACUUGUUGCAGCUUGUGCAAGCUUUGAAGUAUGAACACAUUCCGUCUGAUUCAUCCCAGGAAACCAUCCAAGACUCUUCUCUCGCGCAAUUCUUGAUAUCGCGCGCGGCUGACAACUUUCUUCUCGGCAAUUACUUCCACUGGUACGUGAUGGUCGAGUGCGAUGAUCACAGUGCCGAGCAAGGACUUGACAACCGAAACAUCUACCGGAAAGUUGCCUACGACUUCAUGACGGAGCUGGUGAAGCGUCCUGACGGGGUGGACACCCGAAAGACCCUCCUCAGGCAGGCCGAAUUGAUUGCGAACCUGUCCAAAAUCUCCAACGAAAUCAAAAUGUCCCACGAGUCUGUCGCAAAGAAGACGGAUCAUGCCAAGAGCUGGUUGGCCGAUCCCAAGAACGAGGUCAUUGCCAUUGAUCCGCCUCUGCCGCUUCCACUCGACCCUACCAUGAAGGUCGUGGGUGUUGUGCCGGAAGAGACAAUAGUCUUCAAGUCAUCGCUGUGUCCCAUCAAGGUUACCUUCAAAACGACUACGGGCAAGAAAUAUCCAAUCAUCUUCAAAACGGGCGACGAUCUGCGACAAGAUCAGCUGGUCAUUCAGAUCAUCACUCUUAUGGACCAGCUGCUGCAAAAGGAGAACUUGGAUUUGAAGCUGUCGCCAUACAAGAUUUUGGCGACCAGCACAACUGCUGGUGCUUCCCAGUUCGUGCCUUCCACCAGCUUGCAGAGUAUUGCAUCAAAGUAUAAGAACAACCCUGCCCUGACCUACUUGAGGGCGAACAACCCAGACGACCGACAACCGCUUGGCCUACGCCAGGAGACCUUGGAUACAUACGUCAAGUCAUGUGCUGGAUACUGCGUCAUUACCUACAUAUUGGGUGUGGGUGACAGACAUUUAGACAACCUCCUACUUGCGCCAGACGGGCACUUCUUCCAUGCUGACUUCGGCUUCAUCCUCGGACGAGACCCCAAACCGUUCGCGCCGGUCAUGAAACUGUCGAAGGAGAUGGUAGACUGCAUGGGUGGCGUCAACUCGCCCCAGUUCAAGCAGUUCAAGUCCUAUUGUUUCAUGGCAUACAGCGCGCUCCGAAAGUCCUCCAACCUGAUUUUGAAUCUAUUCAGUCUCAUGGUUGACGCGAAUAUCCCGGAUAUUAGGCUUGAGCCGGACAAAGCCGUGCUGAAGGUUAGGGAGAGAUUUCAUCUGGAGCUUACCGAGGACGAGUCUAUGCGUUAUUUCGAAAGGGUCAUCGAGGACACCCUAGGCGCCAUCGCACCCGUAGUCAUUGAUAAACUGCACGAACUGGUGCAGGCUUUCCGAAACUGA